GGCUUACUCAGUUCGCCCUCGUAUCAAUUAUAAAUCACCUGCCUAGAUACUUUCUGCUGAAUGACUAUUUAUUACUAUCUAGAUCUCCCUAUCUCGCAGCUUGUGACCUCAUAGGCACUUCUAUUGUGUUUCCAGAAUCUUUUCCUUUUUUGUAAAAAGAAAAAAAGAGAAGAUCUGCUCCCUACCUUGCCACUUCAAUUUCUACUUUUUUUGUCUUUUCGUUUUCAUAUAGAUAUACAUCGCGCCAUCACGUUCGCAGUCCCGUGACAAUGACCGCUGGCAACUCGACAAAUGGAGCUUCGGCUCAAGACAAGCGCUUCGGCACUCUGGCUGUUCAUGCCGGUUCUCCCCACGAUCCUACUACCGGUGCUGUCAUUGCUCCUAUCUCUCUUUCCACCACUUUCGCUCAGACCAGCGUCGGUACCCCCAUAGGUCUCUAUGAGUACACACGAAGCUCCAACCCCAACCGUGAUAAUUUUGAAGAAGCCAUUGCUGCUCUUGAGCACGCUAAAUAUGCCCUCGCUUUCUCCUCUGGUUCCGCAACCACUGCGGUGAUCCUUCAGUCUCUUGCGGCCGGCUCGCACGUCGUCUCGGUCUCCGAUGUUUACGGUGGAACGCACAGAUACUUCACAAAGGUCGCUAGCGCUCACGGUGUACAUGUCACCUUCUCUCCCACCAUUGAAUUGGACGUGGAGGAAUUGAUCCGGCCAAACGAGACCAAGCUGGUUUGGAUCGAGACACCCUCAAACCCGACUUUGGGAUUGGUUGAUAUUGAGAAGGUUGCUGCCAUUGCGCACCGCCAUGGAAUCUUGGUCGUGGUUGACAACACAUUCAUGAGCCCUUAUGUCCAGAAUCCUCUGGAGCACGGUGCUGACAUUGUCGUGCACUCCGUUACUAAGUACAUCAACGGCCACUCGGAUGUUCUUAUGGGUGUCGCCGCAUUCAACUCUGACAGCUUGAAGGAGCGCCUUUCUUUCCUCCAGAAUGCCAUUGGUGCCGUUCCGUCUCCCUUCGACUGCUGGCUCGCUCACCGUGGUCUCAAGACUCUCCACUUGCGUGCCCGCGAAGCCACCACUAACGCCACCACCAUCGCCAAAGCCCUCGAGGCUUCUCCCCAUGUUAUCUCCGUUAAUUACCCCGGAAUCGACUCUCACCCUCACCGUAAGAUUGCUAUCAAGCAACACCGCCAGGGUAUGGGCGGCGGUAUGCUCAGCUUCCGCCUCAAGGGUGGCCAGAAGGCUGCCCAUCUGUUCUGCAAGUACACCAAGGUUUUCACCUUGGCCGAGAGCUUGGGAGGUGUGGAGAGUCUCUGCGAGGUUCCUUCCAGCAUGACUCACGCCGGUAUCCCCAAGGACCAGCGUGAGGCUGCUGGUGUCUUCGACGACCUGGUCCGGAUGAGCUGUGGUGUAGAGGACGCAGAGGAUCUUAAGGCCGACGUUCUCCAGGCUCUUGAGAAGGCUGUUACUGCCAGCGAGCAGAAUGGUACCUCUUAAUUGAGUGAAUUAAUAGAGAAUUAGAAUCUUUCAUAGAUCAAGUUAAUGAUGACAUGGGCUACUUUCGAGAUACACUUGCUUUUCUACCCCAUUUUAACACCCUACCUUUACCUAUUCGUAGAUGAUUCAUCUCACCUAGAUU